AACCAGGGGGAGGAGAUAAGCAGGUCAUGUGCUGGGAGAAGGCCAUCAGAAUACAGGAAAUCAAAGGGAGAUAAACAAUGUGGCUGUGAACCUGUACCUGUGGUGAGCUGUUCUGUGAGCGAAACAGAUUCUACCAUUUACCUGCGCACUAUUCCCAGUCCUGAUGUGGCACGAAACAUCGACUGUUUAUCAUUUCCUUAGAUUCUGCCUGGCAUCCAGCACUUUGUGUGUUACUCUGGAUUUCCAGAAUCUGCAGAAUCUCUGGUUUUGUUUCACAGAACAUUACAGCACAGAAACAGGCCUUUUGGCCCUUCUUGGCUGUACCGAACCAUUUUUCUGCCUAGUCCCACUGACAUGCACCUGGACCAUAUCCCUCCAUACCCCUCUCAUCCAUAUACCUGUCCAAUUUUUUCUUAAAUGUUAAAAGUGAGCCUGGGUUCACCACUUCAGCUGGCAGCUCAUUCCACAGUCCCACCGCUCUCUGUGUGAUGAAGCCCCCCCUAAUGUUCCCUUUAGACAAGGGGAUUGGAACUUCGAUUCUAACUAAUCUGAAAAGGAGGAUGUUCUUGAAAUGUUGAUAAAUUAACAUGUUUAACUGGAAGAAACAAAGUUUGCGUGUCUGUGGACCCUGCUCCGUCCCUAUCACUAGUAUGCUUUCACUUUCCCCGACACGCCCUGGCAAGUGGAGAAGCGGCCGCUCCCGGGUUUGAUCGGGGGAUCUUUGUUUUCCACCCAUCUCACAAACAUGGAACAAAUAUAUCUCGCUGUGUGUUUACUUCCUGUGGUUCUCAAUUCUGCACAUGGUAAAUUCCAAGUUAUUGGCCCAGAGCGUCCUGUCAUAGCCAUCGUGGGUGAAGAUGUGAGGAUGGACUGUAAAGUUGUGCCAACCGAAUCGAGUAGCAACAUGGCAUUUCAGUGGCUUAAAACAGACCUCCACUCUGCGGUUCACGAGUUCCGAAAUGAAAGAGAUGCAACUGCUAAUCAAGAUCCUGCUUACAGAGGAAGGACUGAGCUGUUCAAAGACCAAAUAGAUAAAGGAAAUGUGUCCCUUCGAAUAAAGAACAUCCGAGUAGCCGAGGAAGGGACCUACAUCUGCUCAGUUGAUAAUGGAAUUGAUUUUGAAGAAACUUCUAUUGUCUUGCAAGUUGCAGCUUUGGGAUACGAGCACUGGAUCAACAUUGGAGGAUAUAGAAAAAAUGAAAUUCAACUUGUCUGUGAAUCUAAUGGAUGGUAUCCUAAACCACUAAUACAAUGGAUUAGUGGUGAUAAAAAGAAUUUGACUUCAAAGUCUGAAAUAAAUUACAACCAGGAUUCCAAAGGCCUGAUAAAUGCCAAGAGCAAGAUUUUUGUCUCAAAAGAUUCAACCAACAGGUCCAGGUGUAUCUUAGAGAAUCAAGUACUGAAGAAAGGACAAGAAGCAACUAUCGAGAUAGCAGAUGUUUUCUUCCCAGUUGUCUCGGGCUGGCUGGUGUUUUUGUGUCUGCUCCUCUGUCUUCUGUUGAUAGCUCUUGGUCUUGGCAUUUUCUGGACCUUAAGAAGACGUAAAUACAUGAAAGGUCUAGAAGAUGACGAAUCCGUCAAACAGUAUGGCCACUGGAAACCUCUUGUUGAGUCAGAUUGGGAGAUCAUGUGUAAAAAUCCAGCCUCUAUAAAACUGGACACAGAAACAGCACAUCGACAACUGGAGAUAUCAAAGGAUCAGAAGAGUGUGAGACUGACGAACUCCCAGACAGAUGUUCCUGAAAAUGAGGAGAGGUUUACAGCCUGGGAAUGUGUGUUGGGAUCAGAUGGAUUCACGUCAGGGAAACAUUAUUGGGAGGUAGAAGUUGCGGGAAAUCACAAGUGGUCUCUGGGAAUUGCUGGAGAGAGUGCAAAUAGAAAGGGUGACCUUACAUUAAAACCAAAGAAUAAAUUCUGGACCAUUGGGCAAAAUGAGAAAGAAAUCCAUGCAAACGAUAAUGAUAAAUCGAAUAUCUCUUAUCAAGAGAUUCCCAGGAAGAUAGGAGUUUAUCUUGAUUAUGAUACAGGGGUAGUUUCAUUUUACGAUGCAAACACCAAGUCUUUCCUCUACACAUUCAAUGAGAAAUUCUCUGAGAAGCUUUAUCCUUUCUUUCACACAACACAUCAGAAGAGAUGGCUGAAAAUCUGUUCCAAGCAGGAAACAAAACCCAGUAAUCAUUCUAAAAAUAAUGUCAUUUAACACAGCAGGUCUGUGCAAUAUGGAUCAAGUAUGUUUGGCUGAGAAGCUGGGGCAGGGGCAGGG